AUGGACCUUGAGCCAUGGGCGGCCUAUGGCUUGGAGCUGCAAGACUUGGGUCCCAAAGGUCGAGGUCUGGUUGCAGGGAAAGACUUUCGCUGCGGGGAAGUGCUUUUCCGCGAGAAAGGCUUCCGCGCCAAGAGCCCGGAGCAUUUGGCGUUAGAGGUUUUAGCUUCCGCCGAGGCCCGCGCACAAGUCUCUCACCUUCACACAGGUCCACUUUGCCACUUAGAAGGUGAGACAGACGAUGAGAAGUUCAGUCGGGCCGCCAUGCCGGAACCUUGCCCCACGGAGUUUCCGAGGAAGUAUUCUAAGGUGCGUUUCAACUCUUUCGAGCUGAAUGGCUGUUGCUUUCUGCCCAUCAUGGCGCUCUUCAACCACAGCUGCGCGCCCAAUGCUGCCAUCACCCAGCUGCCCCCGCAUGAGGAGUGCCAUACAGCUAUGGUUGUUGUAGCUGAGCAGGGCAUAGCCAGAGGUACGGAGAUUGUUUACAGCUACAACUCAGAUUGCCUUUUUGUGCCCUUGCGCGAACGGCGCAAGCGCUUGCUGUCCAACUGGGGCUUCCUUUGCAAAUGCAGUAGAUGCCAAGUCGAGGAGGAAGCCGGGCUGGAAGACGACGAAGAGGAGCCACCUGAGAUGCCCCAGCUGCUCUCGUGGGAAGAGGUAGACUUGAAGAAUGUGAAUCUCUUCCAAGCCCGACAUGAGGAGGAGCUGCAUGAUCUUUGCGAGGCCUCCAAGCCCCAUACGCAUGCAGAGAAGGUGGCCAAGUUCUUCAGUGAGUUGGGCGAGACUGGGUGCCUUGGUGAGGAUAUGUCGGACUUUGACACCGGCCCAUUGGUGAAGCAGAAGCAGGAGAGACGGAAGAACCUCCGCCAGGGACAGCGACAUGUGAGGCAGCUCAGGAGCGCAGAGAAAGUCUACAGAAGAGGAGUGAUUGUUACGCCACCAUUGGGCCUCCCAUUACUGUACCAGAGCGAGUUGCACGAUUGCGUCCCCACUCGAGCCAGCCCGGUUGCUCUUGGCAUCCCCAGGUUGCACCAGCGGGUUGACAAAGAGGGUACAGAGAUGGCACGAUGGGUGCGGAAAGCUUCACUCAUCACGGUGGUUUUUCAGAACACUGCCUUGGCGCUGUGCAUGCGCUACUCACGGCUGCCACGGGAGGGCUCCAAUGAGCUCUACUUGGUCAGCACAGCAGUGUUAAGUGGAGAGGCCAUGAAGAUCCUUGUCUCGCUGGUUCUUGCGAGCUUCUCAUACAGCCCCCGUGAGAUAUGGCAUUUGUUCUUCUCGCGGGACGCUUUGACGAUGUUGAUCCCUGCCGCGUUGUACUCCUUCCAAAAUGGCUUGCAGUAUGUGGCGGCCAGCAACCUUGAUGUUUCGGUUUGCCAAGUCUUAUACCAGAUGAAACUGGUGACAACGGCGCUUUUUAGUGUGACCAUGCUGGGCCGCCAGCUCUCGAGAAACCAAUGGCUGGGUAUUCUGGCCUGUGCUGCCGGGGUGGCUGUUGUACAGCUUGCAACCGUUGAGACGCAGCACAAUGCAUCGGAGAAUCAGCAGGUUUGGGUUGGCUUUCUUGCAGUCACGACCGCUUGCGUCACAAGCGGUUUAGCAGCUGUAUACACGGAGAAGAUAUUUAAGACUGGCAAUACCAGUCUAUGGGUCCGAAACAUGCAUCUUGCCGCGUGGUCCUUGUUGGCUGUGGGCGGGGCCAUGUACCUGAAAGAUGGCUCAAAGAUCAGUCAGAAGGGCUUCUUCUUUAGAUGGGACCUCAUAGUUUGCAUUGUGGUGCUGUUGCAGGCUUUGGGAGGGAUGGCAGUGGCGGUUGUGGCGAAAUAUGCCGACAACAUCUCGAAAGGGUUUGCCACUGCUGUUUCGAUCAUUCUGACCUGCAUUGCCUCAGUGUUCAUGUUCGAUCUGCUGCCUUCUGCACAUUUCAUUCUUGGCACUGCUUUGGUCCUUCUAUCUUUGUAUUUGUACACUCGAAAGGGCCCGGGUGCUGUCCAGCACGGGUAUUUGGAGGUGAGGACCAAGGAUGUUGAGCCUGGUGGACCUGAUGGCGAAGACACGCCCAAUGGAAAUUCAUCAGCACUCAAGCAAGGACCUCAGAACACCACGCCCCCUGUUCCAGGAAGAUCCCUUCUAGGCUGCGGGCAUUAUGGGCCGGGCAGAACAAUUGACGGUGGUGCCAAAGUAGCACUGUGA